CACACUGGUUUUUAACCCAGCUAAGAGCGCACUGAUGCUCUUUUAGUCUGGACGUAUACAUACAAGGGAUUCUGCGAUAUUCGAGCAAAAGAUGUUCUCAAAUUCUUCCUCGAAGCAUUUAAGAUUUAUGCGGUAAUUGUAAGGAAAACAAUUUUACACUUGUUCCUCCGACGACGGUUUUCAGCAUGAAUGUUGGAGAACAAAGGCGCAGAUGGGAGUACUGGCGGAUUUCUCUGUGUUUCUGUUUUCUACUAUGCCUCAUACAGCAGGUCUCAGCGCAGAUAAGAUACUCUGUUCCAGAGGAGGUAAAAGAAGGAUCUGUUGUGGGAAAUAUUGCAAAGGAUUUGGGUUUUGAUGUCAGUCAUUUGGUGGACAGGAGGUUCCGUAUUGUCUCUGGAUUAAAUGACGCCCUUUUCCAGGUAAACCCGAAUAAUGGCAUCCUGUAUGUGGAAAAGCAAAUCGACAGAGAGGCGCUGUGUGAUGGAACUGAUGCUUGCUUAAUAAGUCUGAAAACAGUUGUUGAAAAUCCUCUUGAAAUCCAUUAUGUAGAAGUAGAAAUUACCGAUGUAAAUGAUCAUGCACCCGCUUUUGCUGAUAAAGAUGUGCUGUUGGAAAUAGCAGAAUCAACCCUACCAGGUGAAGACAUUCAGUUGCAGGAAGCACAGGACUCUGAUUCAGGCGUGAAUUCUAUUCGAUUUUAUAAACUGAGCCAAAAUGAAUAUUUUGAACUUGAGCUUCGGGAAAAUGGGGGAGAGAAAAAAAUGCCAAUCUUGAAAUUACGUAAAUUACUCGACAGGGAGCGUCAGGUCACUCACAGUCUUAUACUGACUGCUGUUGAUGGCGGGAAUCCACCACGAUCAGGGAGUAUCGUUAUUAAUGUCACGGUGCUGGAUGAUAAUGAUAACAGGCCAAAAUUCAGCCAAGAGCUUUAUUCUGUCACAUUGCAAGAAAACGCUCCUGUCGGUACUCUUGUCAUUAAAUUAAAUGCCACUGAUUUAGAUGAAGGUCAGAAUGCCGAAAUAAUCUAUUCAUUUAUUAAAAAUAUUGAAAGACUAGUUUACAACACUUUUGAUUUGAACAGCAAUACAGGAGAAAUUCGGGUGAAAAGCAAUGUGGAUUUUGAGAAAAACGAUGUUUAUAGAGUUGGUGUUAUAGCUUCAGAUAAAGGCCAGCCACCGAAGACAAGCAACUGUAGAAUUAUUAUUAAAAUGAUUGACGAAAAUGAUAAUGCACCAGAGAUAGACGUAACCUCGCUGUCUGAUGUAGUUCCCGAAGAUUCCAAACCAGGAACGGUCAUUUCACUUGUUAGUAUUACUGAUAAAGAUUCAGGCGUCAAUGGUAAAGUUGUUUGUAGAAUAUCUGACAAUGUUCCUUUUGAACUGAAGCCAUCAUUCAAAGAAAAUAUGUACUCUCUUGUGACGAAUUCAAAGUUAGAUAGAGAGCUCGUUUCUCGAUAUGAUGUCACAAUAACAGCCACAGAUCUUGGUCAGCCCCCUCUGUCCUCAAUCAAAACACUGAAAGUGCAGAUAUCAGAUGUGAACGACAACGUUCCAGAAUUUCCUCAUAAUCCUUUAGAACUGUAUUUAAUGGAAAAUAACCCCCCAGGAGCAUCCAUAUACUCUGUUAGCGCCUUCGAUAGAGAUAUGAAUGAAAAUGCUGCAAUAACCUAUCAAAUAAUAAGAGAAGAUGGAGCAAAAGGUCACAUGUCGUCCUUCCUCAAUGUGAAUUCAGACAAUGGACAUAUACAUGCGCUUAAAAGUUUCGACUUUGAAACGACCAAAACGUUCCAGUUUCAUGUACUCGCUUCAGACUCUGGAAGUCCGUCUCUGAGCAGUAACGUGACUGUGAACGUGUUUAUUCUGGAUCAGAACGACAACGUUCCAGUGAUCUUAUAUCCAGUCAGCGCUAACGGUUCUGCUGAGGGUGUGGAAGAGAUUCCCCGUAAUGUGAACGCAGGUCAUUUGGUGACUAAAGUCAGAGCCUAUGACGCAGAUAUAGGAUACAACGGCUGGUUAUUGUUUUCACUGCAGGAAGUUAGUGAGCACAGUCUCUUUGGUUUGGACCGCUAUACAGGACAGAUAAGGACCCUUCGCUCAUUCACAGAAACAGACGAGGCCCAGCAUAAACUGCUCAUACUGGUCAAAGACAAUGGGAACGUUUCACUCUCAGCAACAGCGACUGUGAUUGUGAAAGUUGUGGAGCCCAAAGAGGCUUUUGCAGCUUCUGAUGUGAAAAACGCAGUAAAAGACGAGGAGGAAAACGACGUGACGUUUUAUUUGAUCAUCACUUUGGGCUCGGUUUCAGUGCUUUUUGUCAUCAGCAUCAUCGUGUUGAUUGUAAUGCAGUGCUCCAAAUCUACAGACUAUUCGUCCAAGUAUUUACAGGACACAAAUUACGACGGGACUCUGUGUCACAGCAUCCAGUACAGAUCUGGAGACAAACGGUACAUGUUAGUUGGACCCAGAAUGAGUAUCGGUUCUACUAUAGUCCCGGGCAGUAAUGGAAAUACACUAGUGAUACCAGAUCGCAGGAGGAGAGAUUCUGGAGAGGUAAGAUGGCGGAUUUAUUUUUUAUGCACUCUUUGA